CGCGCGUUGUUGUGCUGUGCGCUUUAGGAUGGACUGUGCGGUGAUCCUGGUGGUCGUGGUGCUGAUCGUGAGCAGUGUCCCGGCUGGUGACGCGAUUCGGAUCUGGACGAGGUGUGAAGUGGCUCGUGAGCUAGCGCUUAAGCACGUCCCGGAAGAACAGAUCGGUGAUUGGUUGUGCAUCGCCGAGCAGGGUUCAGCUUACAAUGGGUCGGCAGUUAAUUUAAGGUUUAAGCGGUUUGGUGGCAGCGGAUAUUAUGGGCUGUUCCAGAUAAUUGAUCGGUACGCGUGUGCAAAGUAUGGUUCAAUCUGUGGGCUGUCGUCGUGCGAUGAGCUGCUGGACGAUGAGCUGGACGAUGAUAUUGAGUGUAUGCUAAAGAUUCAUGCGGCGUACGUACGGGAGUUGGGAGAUGGGUUUGCUGCUUGGCCAAUUUACAAAACUGCUUGCCGUGCGGAAGAAAGUGAAACCUGGCCAAGGUCGCGGAGGUUAAGCGUUCCAUUCGAUGAUUGUCUCGAUGAGGAGGUGGUGAGGGUACAGGCGUACUUUAAGCGGAAGCGAUCAAAGGCGAAAAAAGCGAACCUCGUGCUAGCGCCAGCAGGGAAGGUGUAUGACAGAUGUGAACUGGCGAUGGAGUUGCGCGAUCGACAUCGGAUGCCGAUGGAACAGAUCGCAACUUGGGUGUGCAUUGCGUACCACGAGAGUCGGUUUAACACGUCGGCUGAGGGCCGUCUCAAUGCGGACGGGAGUGGCGAUCAUGGGCUGUUCCAGAUUAGUGACAUCUACUGGUGCUCGACGGAUGCAAAUCGGCCGGGUAAGGCGUGUCGUGUCACGUGCGACGCAAUGAAGGACAACGACAUUGCGGACGAUGUACGGUGCAUACGUAUGAUCUACGAAGAGCAUCAGCGUAUUUCGGGCAAUGGGUUUAACGCGUGGACAGUGUACAAGCCGUACUGUGAAGGUAGGGAGGCUAGCUUCAUGCACAAUUGCUUCGAGCAGGAAGAACAAUUCCCAACCACACCCAACAAACCACGGCCAGGCAUUGUGGCCCCAACAGUUCCAGCGAAGAAGUUACCCUCCUCGGAGAUCGGGAAGGUGUACGAUCGCUGUGAGCUGGCCAACGAUCUGCUACACAAGUUCCACAUGCCAAAGGAACAGGUGGCAACGUGGGUAUGCAUUGCGUACCACGAGAGUAGGUUUAACACGUCGGCUGAGGGUCGUCUCAAUGCGGACGGAAGUGGCGAUCAUGGGCUGUUCCAGAUAAGUGACAUCUACUGGUGCUCUCCCCCGGGUAAUGGAUGGGCCUGUGGGGUUAGCUGUGAUGCGCUGAAGGAUUCCGACAUUACCGACGAUGUACGGUGUGUACGAACGAUCUUUGAGGAGCAUCAACGAAUAUCCGGAGAUGGGUUUAAUGCUUGGUCAGUUUAUAAACCUUACUGUCAAGGUCGUUCGAGUUCAUUUGUGAGGGGUUGUUUUGGAGAGGAGGACGAGCAGAAGCACCCAGUUACCGUACCAAGACCGGCCAUAACAGCUCCAACAAGUGCCCCACGUGUUCGAUCCUCACCAGGCAAAGUGUUUGAGCGAUGCGAACUCGCCCGGGAACUUCAUCUUAGGCAAGGUCUUUCCCUGGAUCAAACAGCCAGCUGGGUGUGCAUCGCAAAAUAUCAAUCAAACUUCAACACGUCCGCGAUCGGUUACGGACCGGAAGGUGUGCAGUACCAUGGUAUGUUUCAGCUGAGCGAUGAGUACUGGUGCUCACCGCCGGGAAGAGGAUGGGUUUGUGGGAUCACCUGCGAACAGUUGCGUGACGGUGACAUCACAGACGAUCUGGCUUGCAUGCGACACAUCUACGAGGAACAUCAGCGCAUUUCCGGCGACGGGUACAAUGCAUGGGCCGUGUAUCAACCGUACUGUAAGGGUAAAAGUGCCACCCUCUUGGAUGGAUGUUUCGAGGAAGGUGAAAACGCGAUCGUUCCCACGCCACCGACUACCCGGCGUCCGGUGUCGCCGCCGAAGAAUUUCCCCCGCGGAAAGGUAUACAGCCGGUGCGAGUUGGCACAGGAGCUUUACUACCGGCAUGAACUACCGUAUGAUCAGAUCGCGACAUGGGUGUGUAUUGCACAUCGUGAGUCUAACUACAAUGUAUCGGCGAUCGGUCGGUUGAAUGCGGACGGCAGCGAAGAUCAUGGGCUGUUCCAGAUUAGCGAUAUUUACUGGUGUUCACCACCGGGGAAGGGAUGGGUUUGUGGACUGUCCUGUUCGGAUCUGGAGGAUAACGAUCUUACCGAUGACGUCGAGUGUAUGAAGACGAUCUAUGAGGAGCACACACGAUUGUCGGGUGAUGGUUUUAAUGCUUGGGCCGUCUAUCGACCUUAUUGCAAGGGACGGUCGGAUCACUACAUUGAUGGAUGCUUCGAGGAGGCUACAACGAAGAUCAUCACGACGAGGAUACCUACCACAACAGCCACCAGUACGACCAAGCGCACGACAAGGUCAUGGGCAAGUACAACAAAGUUGCCACGAUGGAGUACGAUCCCUACCACGCGAGCUGCCACCACUACCACUAGCAGGCCCAAAACGACUAGCAGUCGGUGGCAGACGGAAAGAACGGUACCUACCAACACACCGAUCACCACACGGUCCACCACAAGCUUGUACGACUUUUAUCUCAACAACUUCGGACGCCGUCCGGCCAUCACUACUGCCAUGCCGGUGUACACGUUCAAACCGUUUGCCUCGCGGCAGCGUGCAACGAUCACUGCCACCGAUAGCGCUACCAACCGUGCAACAACUACCAAAUCACCACCUGUCACCGUAGACGAUCGUUUUGCGCAGCGCACCACAAGGUUUAGUGACUUUAACCGUUGGUUCCAGGAUGGUUAG